CGCGGGGCACGCCGGGACCGCCGCGCGCCGAUCCGCGCCUCCCAUGGUGCCGCGCGCCGGCUGAAUGGGGCAGAGCCAAGAUGGCGGCGAGCGCGGCUCCGGCGGGCGGCGGGUCCCUGUUCGAGUGCCCGAGCUGGGCAGGGAAACCACCACCUGGCUUACACCUGGAUGUAGUGAAAGGAGACAAGCUCAUUGAGAAACUCAUCAUUGAUGAGAAGAAAUACUAUCUCUUUGGGAGAAAUCCUGAUCUGUGUGAUUUUACCAUUGACCACCAGUCUUGCUCUCGAGUCCAUGCUGCCUUGGUCUAUCACAAACAUCUCAAGAGGGUUUUCCUCAUAGAUCUGAACAGCACACAUGGCACUUUCCUGGGCCACAUCCGUUUGGAAGCUCACAAGCCCCAGCAGAUCCCCAUUGACUCCACGGUUUCCUUCGGCGCCUCCACCCGCGCCUACACCCUGAGGGAGAAGCCCCAGACCCUGCCCUCCGCUGUCAAGGGGGAUGAGAAGAUGGGUGGGGAGGAUGAGGAGCUCAAGGGUUUGCUGGGGCUGCCAGAGGAGGAGACAGAACUGGAUAAUCUGACAGAGUUUAACACAGCCCACAACAAGAGGAUCUCCACACUGACCAUUGAGGAGGGGAACCUGGACAUCCAGCGGCCCAAGCGGAAACGGAAGAACUCGCGGGUGACGUUCAGCGACGAUGAUGAGAUCAUCAAUCCGGAGGACGUGGACCCGUCUGUGGGGCGCUUCCGGAACAUGGUGCAGACAGCAGUGGUCCCUGUUAAGAAGAAGCGCCUGGAGAACGCGGGCUCGCUGAGCACGGACGAGUCGGCGUCGCGGCGCAUGCAGAGCUUCCCCUACAGCGGCGGCUUGUACGGGGGGCUGCCCCCCACGCACAGCGAGGCGGGCCCGCAGCCCCACAGCGUGCACGGCACGGCGCUCAUCGGGGGGCUGCCCAUGCCCUACCCCAACCUCGCCCCCGACGUGGACUUGACUCCGGUUGUGCCCUCCACAGUGAACAUGAACCCAGCUCCAAACCCCGCUGUCUUCAACCCCGAAGCUGUGAAUGAGCCCAAGAAGAAGAAAUACGCCAAGGAGGCCUGGCCGGGCAAGAAGCCGACCCCGUCCCUGCUGAUCUGAGCCGGGCUGGGGAGGGCAGGAGUCACCAACCCCAGAAACUUUCCAUGUGCAGUAUCGUCUUUUUCAAAUUUCAGUGUCCUAACAGAUGUAAUAUCAAGAUUGGAGGAGUGAAAUAUCCUUUAAAGAUCUGUCUUCAAAUGUUUUUAUAUGUCUGUUAAAAAAAAAAAAAUACAGCUCCCGUCUCCUUUGGAACCAAAACCCCUACAGCCUUUUCUUGGCCACCACUGUCCCAGAGGUCUUUGUGCUGAGUUUGGAUCUACAAGUGGAAGGGGCAGUCCCACAAUUUAAUUAUCACUUAUGGCAUGACCCUGCAGGUCCAUGCAUUUCAGUGCUGAGCUCGCUGUGGUGAUACUGUUCCUGCUGGACAUGCUCACAGCAGGGCAGCUCUGUCAAGAGGAAAUGUUUGUGGGGCCAAGCCUUGCAGAAUCUCAUUGGAAGGAGUUAUAAAACUUGCAGACUAUAGGUCAGCUUUUAUUUUUUAUGUUUUCAAAACCCCACCAAUGUGGGGCAUUCUCUUUUUUUUAUUAUUAUUAUUUUUAGUUUGGCUACAGCUUGUUUUAUUUUCCACAUAAAACACUAGCUGAUCCCAUGGGUCAUGAGUUGAGGUGGAUAAGCAGCAGGUGGGUUCCUCAGCUUUGCAGAAUGCAGUGUAUGGGAUGGAUACAAGGUGCAGAGGAUCAGCAUUGUGUGCACUGUGCUAUGGGGACUCACCUGGAGAACUCAGGGUGAAGCUAACACAGUGCAGUUUCUUUUAGAUUUGGUGGCCCCUGUAACUUAAAUAGUUUCAUUUUUAUUUGCAAAUGGGACUUUUAAGUUUGAAGUAUAUGAGAUUCAAUAAGACAAAAAGCUGGGAAGACUGGCAUGCUUCCCACACACAGGUAUUUUGGCUGCUUGGAAGUGUAGGUGAGAAUUGAGUGCUUCUGAGAGGCAGAAUAGGAAUUCUCUCUGGACUUGGGUUGUUUCUCAAGCCCUUUAGUUCCUUGGGUUUAUGUUUGAAAAUGAUUCACAUACUCAGACAUAUUGUGGCUGUACUUUACACAAGGUAAGGCCAGAGUUCUAUUGUUCUUCAGUUCACUCUGGAUUUUUGUACACACUGAUGCAGUUCAGCUACAAGUCACAUUCCUUUGCUGUUUGGGGGAUCCAAAUGAUCCAGAAUGAGAGCAGGUACCUGGCUGUUCACUGUGUGCAGGAUUGCAGCUACUGGGGCAAGUAGUGCUGAGUUACUGAGAUGGUGUUCAGUGAGCUGGGAUGUUGGAUGGGGCUGGAUCAGUGCUGAGUUCCAGUUAGCUGGGAUGUUGGAUGCCCCAGAAUCUGUGUGAGUUCUGCUCUGCAGUGAUUGCUUCUAUCAUGUCCCUGAGGUGCCAGCAGGCAGCUGCCCAGCUCACAAGAGCUUUAGAGAGUGCUCUGUUCCCUCCCCACACCAUCACAUCCAGCUCAGACUAUUCUUGUGUGGAUUCAGCACCUGCUCCGUGAUCCACUGUGCUGCUCUGUGUUUGAGUUGCCAUUGAUGAUUCAACUGUUGGGCAUUUGUUCUGCUCCCACGAAGACUCAAAAUCUUCUUGUCUUUAGUCUGGCCUCUAGGAUUUUCAUUUCCCAGCCAGUUGCUUCUGAAGGCAACUCUAGUCAGGACAAACAAAAGUUGAGCAGGUUUCCUUCUUUUUGUUUUGGGAUAUUUUUGUUUUAUUUUGGGGGGAAGAGGGUUGGGGAUUUUUGGGAAUUUUUGUUUUGCAAGUGGCUCUUUGCAAGAUUUUUCUUGACAUGGGAAACUUCACUGCUCGUUGUUUUUUAAAGCUCUUCUCCUCUCAGACUCUGAACCAGCUCUUAUUAUUUCAGAGCUUAGGGGCCACAGCUGGCCAUGAGGGGAUAGGAACAUCGAGGGGCUUUGUACAGACAUUUGUACACUUGUGUAAUAUGUAAUAGGCCUUUUCACACUUCUGUUGAGCUUUUUACCUGUAACCUUUACUAUGUUGUAAAUUAAAUGCAGAUUUUGCCAGG